AGCACUCAGCAGAGGUCUGCUCUGCUCAACGCUCAAAAUGCCUAUAGGUUACUUAAGCUGCUACUCUUCCUGCUAUAAGUGGAAAGUGCUGGACUAGGACAUAAACAUGUUCAACAGCAGACACCCCAGCCUUAGCAAAAGAGGAGGAAUAUGGGGAUUGUGCAUCCUCUUGCUUUACACCAGCCCUCUCUCCUGUUUUGCAAAUUACAGCCAAGCAAAAGAGCUGAUCUAUAAGAUAAAGGAGGGAUUACCCAGGGGGACCUUCAUAGGGGCCAUUGGAGUAGACUUACAUUUGGAUCUCACUGUGGAGCCCCCCUUUUUAUUCAAUCUCCCGCAAAAGAAGGUCAGCGGACAGUAUGUGAACCUAAAUAACACCACCGGGGAGCUUUACACAUCUGCUACAGAGAUUGACAGGGAGACCUUCUGUCCUGACAACUCGGAGGGACGGGGAUGUGUCCUCUCGCUGGACGUGUUUGUGUUGCCUCAGCAGUACUUCCAGCUCGUCAAAGUUAAGAUCUUUAUCGAGGACGUGAAUGACAACAGGCCAAAGUUCCCCGUGGAUGAGAUCUGUAUGUCUGUCCCAGAAAACACGCCCAUCAACGCUCGUUAUGCGGUGGAGCAGUCGGCGGUUGACCCAGACCUCGGGCUUAACGGAGUGCAGACCUACUGGCUUGUUAAUGACUUUGGCAUGUUCACAUUGGACGUUGAGGAGAACGAGGGGGGGGAGCUGACACCCUUCCUCAUUGUGACAGAGGCUUUGGACAGAGAGACCCAGGCUGAGUACAUCACGGAUAUCAUUGCAGAGGAUGGGGGGACCCCUCCUCUACUCGGAGCAGCCACUUUAAAAAUUGUCAUCACAGACGUGAACGACAACUGCCCCCAAUUCACAGAGUCACAAAUUAAUGUCACUCUGCAUGGGAAUACCACCAAAGGGGCACAUUUGGCUCGUCUGCAUGCUUUUGACUCUGACCUUGGUGCUAAUGCUCAGAUCAGCUAUGCUUACAGUGAACGCGUGCCAAGGGACACCAGGAGCUUGUUCCAUUUGGAUAGAAUCACAGGGGUGAUCAAGCUAGCGGGGAAAAUAAACACUGGCACAGCCACGUUUUACAAACUCACCAUUCUGGCCAAUGGACCUGGUUGUAUCCCUGCAGUUGCCACCGUUUCUGUCCAUGUCAUCAAAGUUGUUACCGGACCCCCUGCGGUCAUACCCCGCUACAUUGCACCAGAAAAGGAUGGGGUGGUGACCUUAAAGGAGUCUGAGCCGGCGUUUUCUCCGAUUGCUUUUUUUACUGUCAAAAACAUUGAUAAGAAUCAAAGGGUGGACUGUCAUUUGGAAGGGACUGGUCCCUUCAGGCUUGGCCCCUACCAGCUGUUUAAGAACGAAUACCUGCUGGAGACUACAGAGCCCUUGGACUACGAGAAGACACGGGAGUAUGAGCUAAUUGUGGUUGCUAAGAACGCUCGAGAGCUUGUCAUCAAGACCUUCCUCAAGGUGCAGGUAUUGGAUGAGAACGAUAACGCACCAGUGUUUCAGCAGUCUUUGGUGGAAAUAUCUGUGGUGGAGAACAACCCGCCAAAUACCUUUCUGGCCCAGCUCCAAGCCACAGACCAGGACAGCGAAAGCAGAGGGGAAGUCAUCUACCUCCUUGGAGGUGACGCCCCGGGGAUCUUUGUCAUGGAUCGUGUGACAGGCAUCCUGACUGUGACCACAUCGCUGGACCGCGAGGAGAAAGAGACAUACCGGUUCAUCGUGAGAGCGGUGGACCAGGGGACGCCCAGGAGGGAGUCGAUCGCGACCGUGGUGGUGAGCGUGCAAGACCGCAACGACAACAGUCCCCGCUUCAUCAAUAAGGACUUCACGUUCUUUGUGCCGGAGAACUUCCCGGGGUACGGCGAAAUCGGGGUCCUCUCUGUGACCGACGCCGACGCUGGGGAGAACGGUUGGGUGGCCCUUUCCAUCCUCAACGGCAGCGACAUCUUCCUGAUAGACACAGGCCGAGGAGCGCUGAGGGCUAAGACAUCUCUAGACCGCGAGCAACAGGGGACAUACCAGCUGUGGAUCGAGGCCGCCGACGGUGGGGAGCCCGCGCUUUCCUGUGUGACUUUGGUGACCGUGCUGCUGUUGGAUGUAAACGACAACCCGCCUAUUGUCCUCUUCCCACAGUCCAAUCAGUCUUACAUGUUGGUACUACCCAACACACUGCCAGGAACAUCGAUAACAGAGGUCUACGCUGUGGAUAAGGAUACAGGCAUGAAUGCUGUGAUCGCCUAUAGUAUCGUUAAGAGGAAAGGUGGCGAGCAAGGUUCAUUCGCCAUUGACCCAGAAACAGGAAAUAUCACAUUAAAGAGGGAGCUCAGCAACCGGGGCCUCUACAGCCUCCUGGUGAAGGUCAGUGAUCACGGUCAGCCUGAACCACUGUACUCAACCGUCAUGGUUAACUUUUUUGUCAAUGAAACAGUGAGCAACGAGAGCUACAUCCAGAGCCUGCUAACCAGAGAGGCUGAGAUUGAGGUAGAGGAGAGGCCCUGGUACAAAGGUCAGAUGACAGAGGGGCCUGAGAGGUAUGAGCUGUUCCCAUGUCAGCCUGUCCUCAUUGCUCUGUCAGUGACAUGUCUGGGACUCUUCUUCUCAGUUGUUACACUGGCGUCUUACAUAUGCUGCAAGAGGUUUAAAAAGCAGCGAAAGAAAAAAAGGUCAGAGGUGGAAAUACCUUUAAAAAUGAAGAAUGACUCGAUGCAGGUUGUAAACAGGAAGCUCAGGCAGAUCUCAAACAUCUGAUAUUCAGCUGUCCACACAUCCAAAACCACCACUGUUUACAUGAAUGUUUACAAAACUCACUGUGAGAAGUGUAGUUCCUACAUGAAGCUGCUCUUUUUGCUUUUGUCAUAUGAUUGUUAUUACUGCAAUAUAGUGUGACUUGACUUAUAUGUCAUUAAAAAGAGCACACAGUACCAUCCUCUAUUCCACUUUUUAUAAUAUCUAUAAACCAUGAUCCAAACAUCAAGAUUCAGAAAAACCAAAGUAUAAGGAAUAAAUUAGUAUUGGUGUCAAAGUAAUAACAGCUUUAUUACAAAGUCAUAUAAGAGCAACUCAUUGAAGAUUAUUCAAUCUAAGGUUCUAUGUAAAUAUUGUACAAAAUGUUUUUACAACUUUUGCAUUGCAUGAAAAGGACAAAAGACGGUUCAAGGCACAACAUUUGUUUCUUUUUACAUUAUUAUUUUAGAAAAAUCGCAUCUCUUUACACUACCUGUCACAAUUACAAAUAUCAUGGAAAAGGGAUUACAAUUGGAAGUUGGAUACAUCUGGCAUCUAAAUCUGUUUAUUUCAGAAAUAAAUCAUUUGAUUAAUAUUCAUAAUGUAACCAUACAUUUCAAAAAUUGAUUGAUGCAGAAAAGGUGGAUCAUAAUGUAUUACUUUAUUUAAGGCAUUGUAAUCCUGUUAUAUUUGGAGAGCUCAAUAGACAUCAAACUCUACAGUACAGCUGUGCAGUAUACAGUAUAUGCUAACACAUAUGCACAGAUGCUCUGAGCAUGACCAUUCAUUUUUGAAACUGAAAACAGUAGAUUGACCUAAAAAGGAAAUCUUAACUCAAUGCCUACUUACUAGUUUCAGAGCGUUCAAUUGCACCUCACAGUGUUCUUUAGCUCAAUUGUAACGGGGUGAUCAGCAUUCCAUGCUAUAUGAAAUGAUAUAUGAGAUAUAUACUGUUAGAUGGGUUGAAAUUUCCAGGAAAAAGCUAGUAAGUGGACCUUGAGCUAAGAUCUUUCAAAAUUCUUUAUGACGUCUGAGAGUCACGGAUAGUAAUCAGAUGGCCUACUUUCUGUGAAAGCUCACAGUAGUUACUGAUGUAAAACCUUUAAAUGUCAUCUCGGCACAGCGGAGAGUCCCACAUUUUUAUCACACUGAACAAUUUGAAUUGUGUCCAAACUUCUUUGUCAUAAACCUGUUUCAUCACCUUCCUUUAUACAACCAAUGCAAUUCUCAAUGUGUCUGUGAAAACAUGCUAAGUGUUUGUGAAAGAAAAUCAAAGUAACUAUUAAAGAUUCUUUAUUUUUUUAUAAUGCA